GCCUGGCGGUCUGGGGCGGGGCCAACUUCCCGGGCGAGCGCAGGCCCAGUUGGUGAAGCCCGGGAGGCUGAGCGGAUAGUGCCGCGGCGGCCGAGCGCAGCUAGGCAGGUCUUUUCUUCUGAGAUCUUGAGAAGCUGGCUGCAGCCUUUUGGACCUCCGCGAGAGGCAGUGAUAAUUAGCGCCCUCCUCCCAUCACGUUCCGAGGAUGGGAGAGAGGAUGGUGACGGCACAGGAGGCCUGCGGUGCUCUGCCGGCCUGCGAAUUACAGCCCCAUUAAUGGCUGUCUGGCCCACUGAAAAAGGCUGGCCCCGGAAUCACAGAAGAUCCGGGCUCCUGCCCCCUCUACCUUUAUGUUUGUUUGACCUUGGGCACUGCUUUCCACCUCCUGUGGGAGGCCAGAGAAAAAAAAUGACAGCUCCGCUUUUAUUAGAGCACCUGAUGUGUCCCAAGCCCCUUGGACGGCCCCAGUGACCCCUGGAGCCACAGGAGGGUGUCCAGAAACCACCAGCCAUGGCCGUGGGAAACAUCAACGAGCUGCCGGAGAACAUCCUGCUGGAGCUGUUCACGCACGUGCCGGCCCGCCAGCUGCUUGUGAACUGCCGCCUGGUCUGCAGCCUCUGGCGGGACCUCAUCGACCUGGUGACCCUCUGGAAACGCAAAUGCUUGCGAGAGGGCUUCAUCACCGAGGACUGGGACCAGCCUGUGGCUGACUGGAAGAUCUUCUACUUCCUUCGGAGCCUGCACAGGAACCUCCUGCACAACCCGUGCGCUGAAGAGGGGUUCGAAUUCUGGAGCCUCGAUGUGAAUGGAGGUGAUGAGUGGAAGGUGGAGGAUCUCUCGAAAGACCAGAGGAAGGAAUUCCCCAAUGACAAGGUCAAGAAAUACUUCGUGACUUCAUAUUACACCUGCCUCAAGUCCCAGGUGGUGGACCUCAAGGCUGAAGGGUAUUGGGAGGAGCUGAUGGAUAACACACGGCCGGACAUCGAGGUCAAGGACUGGUUCGCAGCCAGGCCAGACUGCGGGUCAAAGUACCAGCUGUGCGUUCAGCUCCUGUCGUCCGCUCACGCGCCUCUGGGGACCUUCCAGCCAGACCCGGCGACCAUCCAGCAGAAGAGCGAUGCCAAGUGGAGGGAGGUCUCCCACACGUUCUCCAACUACCCGCCCGGCGUCCGCUACAUCUGGUUUCAGCACGGCGGCGUGGACACUCACUACUGGGCCGGCUGGUACGGCCCGAGGGUCACCAACAGCAGCAUCACCAUCAGGCCCCCGCUGCCCUGACACCCCCUGAGCCCCCAUCUGCUGAACCCUGACUGGUAAACAACUGUUGUCAGAAAAGGGCUGGGCUUGGGAAGGGGAGGUGGUGGCCAGGCAUCCCCAGACCUCUGACUUCACUCUUGCCCCCAGCCACCUCUUCUUUGUGGAGCCUCUUAGUGUGGGUAGCCCUCUUGAUGAAUAAUGGCCAGGGAAGCCUGCAUAGGCCCCUUUCAGAGACAGAGCAUCCUGAGAUGUGGGAGGCGCAGGGUGUUCCCCUGGGCCCCUCAGAAAGUUGAGCUUGGAGGCCAUCCUGGAUCUCUCUCCCUCCCUGUCCUGGGACCAUUCUCCCUGUGUUCCUUGAAGACCCUCAGAGCAGGGACAGGAAACACAUCUGGCAAGCUUGCAGCUGCCCUCAUGGUGCAGGUGCAGGGAGGUGACCGUGUAACUCAGACUGAUCUGGGACGUGGAGGGCGGGCUCAUGGGCUGUGCUCUGCCCCAUCUGCUGCUUGCAGUCUCUGGCUCUGCCUGCCUACUCAGAAGAGGUGGGUUGGCUCGGAGGCUCAGGCCUGGUCUGAGAUGGGCAGACCCAGGGUGGGGUGGGGUCCAGGAUGGGUGUGGACCGUCCUCACCAUCAGUGAAGCCCCAGAAGCUAGAUGGGUAGCAGGUAGGGGUCAAGUUCCCAGAGGACGGAGGUAAUCCUGCACAGGAUGUCCCAGGGCAGGUGGGGAGCAGGACAGGACCUGAUGCUGACAGCCGGACACGUGAGCCCUGGAUGAGCGCGGUAGGGGUUUCGAAGGAUCGCCUGUCCACCUCCCAGAUCCAGGCAAGGCCCCCUCUGGCUUGGAGAGCAUUCCAAGCCCCCACCCCACCCCUAGAGCUGCCAUUCCCAGGACCUCUCUAAUCCCACUCAGCCACCCUUGGAACUCACCUCUUGUCCUGUUGGAAGGACAGCCGUGUUCUCCUGACCUCACCCUACUGCAUGCAGCCAAAUAAAAGGUGUGCCCAGCCUAA